GGUGAUGAUGAUGAAGAUGAUGAUGAUGAUGAUGAUGAUGAUGAUGAUGACGAUGGCGAACGUAGAGAAGACUCAGUUUUGCAGCUAUGAGCACACUAAGUACUUUUAGAA